GCUCUGUGGCUCAGCAGGUUGCGAAAGCCCCAGGAGUACAUAAAGCUGUCCCUGUCUGGGCACUGCCACCACCAUCAACACUUGGGCUCCCAAGAGGCUCCAGAGACCGGCACCGUCUGGACAGGAUGGCCCACACAGAGAGAGCUCUGCCCUGGCUGCUGCUGCUGUCACUGGCCUUGCUGGGUAGCAGCACUGCAGAACGGGACUGCCGAGUAAGCAGCUUCAAAGUCAAGGAGAACUUCGACAAGAACAGGUACAGUGGCACCUGGUAUGCUAUGGCAAAAAAAGAUCCUGAGGGGCUGUUUCUGCAGGACAACGUGGUAGCCCAGUUCACCGUAGAUGAAAAUGGACAAAUGACCGCCACUGCAAAGGGCAGAGUCAGACUCUUCAAUAACUGGGAUGUCUGUGCUGACAUGAUCGGCUCUUUCACUGACACAGAGGAUCCUGCCAAGUUCAAGAUGAAGUACUGGGGUGUCGCCUCUUUUCUGCAGAAAGGAAAUGAUGAUCACUGGGUAGUGGACACAGAUUACGAUACAUAUGCUCUUCAUUACUCCUGCCGCCAACUAAAUGCAGAUGGCACUUGUGCUGAUAGCUACUCCUUUGUGUUCUCCCGGGACCCCAAGGGGUUGCCUCCAGAUGCACAGAAAAUUGUCAGACAAAGGCAGAUAGACCUCUGUUUGGACAGAAAAUACAGAGUUAUCGCUCAUAAUGGAUUUUGCUCUUAAGGAGAUCCAACCCUAUGGAAAGAAACCAUGCAACAGCAGCACGAAUGUAAAGUUAACACACUGAUCAUGUGUUCUCUGGAAAAUGCUUUAAAUGGCUUCAUUUAGAUUUUCAAUAUAUUUAUCUGAGCUGUGUAGCUCACCUUGUUAAUAAAUCAAUGAAGCAUUUUAAUAAACUUGGAUUACAGGGGAUGCAAAUUGUAUGCAAAUCUGUACAUAUGUAGACAUUGGUUUCAUUAGUAGCCUGUUAUCUCAGUGCACUGUUUUGAGCUGGUGACACAUGGUGAUAAUUAAGA